GUUAUUUUUUGUUCAAUGUUACUAAAUAAUAUCACGACUCCAGGAGCGAGUUCCGGUAUUGGAGAGGGGGCAGCUUUGCAUUUUGCCAAACAUGGAGCCAAACUCUCGAUAACGGGACGAGAUAAGACGAGACUGGAAGACGUCGCUAAAAGAUGCUCGGAGUGCGGGAUACCGGCUGAUGACAUUCUGGCCCUUUCCGGUGACCUCACUGACGCGGCCUUCAGAAAGUCAACCAUUGAAAAGACAGUCGCCAAGUUUACCAGGCUCGAUGUACUGGUGAACAACGCGGGUUUGGUGUUCCCGCAGGGGUGCAUGGAGCUGUCGGAAUCCAAGUACGACAUGGAGAUGAACCUAAACAUGAAGGUGCCCUUCCUACUGUGCCAGCUGGCAGUCCCCCAUCUGGAGAAGACGCAGGGGAACAUCGUAAACGUUUCCAGUCUUUACGGAGUUCGUCCGGCGCCGGCUGCGGGGACAUACUGUGUCAGCAAGGCCGCCCUGGAUAUGUUCACGCAGUGCCUGGCUUUAGAGCUCGCGCCCAAGAAAGUUCGAGUGAACUCUGUAAACCCCGGCGUUGUGGACACUCCGCUCUUCACUCGGGAGGACUCAUUCUUUCACAACCAAGACGAGGAUUACGGCAAGUUCUUGAAGGAACAAGCAGUUGCCCAUCCCCUUGGCAGAGUGGGCCAACCCCAGGAUGUGGCUGAGUCCAUUGCCUUUCUUGCCUCAGACGCUGCGAGCUUUGUGACGGGACAGCUCAUUUUCAUUGAUGGGGGUCGACACUGUGUCUAGCACAAUACUUUUAAGUGAAAUUCGUGCACAUUCAGGGACAAACCGAUUUGUUCUCGAAGGGCGGUUUGGUACAUGAACAUACAUGAAUCUUGCUCCAAUGUCCUGUGCUCGAAGACGAGUUAAAUAUGCAACUGACUGCAUGUGAUCAAAUAAAGAGAAAUGGUGA